UUUGGCUAUAUCUCACGGCUUGCUCAAGAAAGUAGAGUGACUCGGACAUAAAGGGAUAAUUGUGACUCUCAACACAGAGGAAUAGAUAUCGAAAAUGGCAAAAAUGGCUGCGAAAUUUUACGACCUCUCGUCCAAACUGUUAACGGGAGAAACGUUUAAUUUCUCCUCCCUGCAGGGCAAAGUUGUCCUCAUCGAGAACGUUGCGUCUCUCUGAGGUACGACCACCAGGGAUUACACCCAGAUGAACGAGCUCCACGACCGGUACGCCGGCAAGGGGCUCGUGAUCCUGGGAGUGCCCUGUAACCAGUUCGGCCAUCAGGAGAACUGCAAGAACGAGGAAAUCCUCGUGUCUCUGAAGUAUGUCCGUCCUGGAAAUGGCUUUGAGCCAAAGUUUCAGCUCCUGGAGAAAGCGGAUGUGAACGGGAAAGACGCCCACGCCCUGUUUGUGUUCCUGAGGGGAAAGCUGCCAUUCCCCAGCGAUGAGCCAUCCGCCCUGAUCAACGACCCCAAGCUGAUCCUCUGGAGCCCGGUCAGCAGGACCGACGUGGCCUGGAACUUUGAGAAGUUCCUCAUCGGGCCGGAUGGAGUGCCGUUCAAGCGCUACAGCAGGAAGUUCCUCACCAGCGACAUCGAGGGGGACAUCAAGAAGCUCCUCAGCCAGGCAACCUAAACCGCUCGUCCUCCUCAGUGUUGUUCACCCACUUGUAGCAGCUUUUCUGCACCACGUGUGUAACCAUGAGCUCAUCACCUUUGGUGCUCAUUGCUUCCCCCCCCCAAAGCUUCUGUAGAUGGUGUGCAACACUUGUCCAGACCAGCUGUGCUCUCCUACAUACGAUGGCUGUGUUCUGCUCUUUUACAAUAUGAAGACAUCCUCUGAAACCUAGUUGUGAGGGGGGUAUCUGAUGCAGCGUAAAAGCCUGAAUGUUGUCAGCUGCCUUGUGUGUAUACAAAGCACAGCUGUGUUUUGAUUUGUCAUGAGGACCAAUAAAUGUAUUUGUUCAUCCA